AUGGAGAACUCAACGCGAACCUCACCAAAGAGAUUUAUCCUUCUUGGCUUCACCAGUAUCCCAUACCUACAAUCAUUAUGUGGGAUCCUAUUUGUUUUAAUUUAUAUAACCACACUGUCAGGAAACUCCCUGCUUAUCAUUGUAGUGAGGAUCAAUGAGCAGCUGCAGACACCCAUGUACUAUUUCCUGAGCAACCUCUCAAUGAUUGACAUUUGCUUAUCUUCCACCGUAGUACCCAGAAUAAUAAUAAACACCUUAUCACAGGAUAGAAGUGUCUCACUCUUAGAUUGUGCAUUGCAGAUGUUCUUCCAUUUAUCUUUAGAAGGGACGGAGUGUUUCAUUCUAGCUGUCAUGGCCUAUGAUAGAUAUGUAGCCAUAUGUCAACCAUUGCACUACAACAAAGUUAUGAACAAGAAAUUCUGUAUUUGUAUGGCUUCUGGAUCAUGGACGUUAGCCUUUAUCAGUGCAUUCAUCCAUGUCUUUUUUACCUUUCAACUGCCUUUUUGUACAUCUCUUGUUAACCAUCUUUUCUGUGAGAUGCCACCUUUCUUCCGUCUCUCUUGCAGAGAUACUUGGCCCAAUCUGGUAGCCAUGUACAGCACAGCCAGUUUCAUUGCCAUGUGCUCUUUCCUUUUGACUCUCUUUUCAUAUGUAAAGAUUAUCUCCACUAUCCUAAAGAUCCGUUCUACUGAAGGAAGAAAAAAGUCCUUGUCCACCUGCACAUCCCAUCUCACAGUCGUCUCUCUGUUCUUUGGCACCAUCUUGUUCAUGUACAUGAGCCCUCACUCUACAUAUUCAGACUUAGACAAAUCAGUAUCUAUUAUUUAUUCUGCUGUGAUCCCAAUGUUGAACCCUAUCAUUUACAGCAUAAGAAAUAAAGAUGUCAAAGGCACCAUAAGAAAAGAAAUGAAUAAACUCAGAGUUUCUGAGAAGUCUUAA